AAUAUUUUUUCAUUCUGUUCAUUUUGUGUGUUCAAUAUUUCAUUCUAAUGUUACAUGGCCAUUAAUCAUCACAUUUCUGUCCAUGUUUUAGCCCCAGCAGCUGCUCCUCUCUGAGUUUGGAUGAGAACAUGCAUCUUAUUGGAUGACAGAGCAGGGCAUGGUGUCAGGUGAUGCAGAGGCAGCCACUACUCUCUCUAUUUUCUCUCUGUGUGGAGAAAUCACUGGCCUCUCAACCCGGAUGCUGUGCCACAACUCUUGGUGAUUUCGCCCAGUGCGCAGCGCUGUAGGCAGAGCGAGGAGGCGGAAAUAUUUCAGUACCCUUGAGGCGGACAGCUCUCCGCGGAUCCGCACGCCGGGCUCCGCCGCAUCCAAGGCUGGAGGACAGGGGGGUGGGUAUCAUUAUUCAUACCCAAGACAGGGGAGGGUGUAGCCAGCUACAUUAAAGGCGAACACAUCGUGACUACUUGCACGCUGCUGAAGCCGUAGUGAAAGAGUGAGAGAGGGGAGGAGCAGAGCAGCAUCACCACACUGAGAGAUGGCGGAGUGCGGGCGGAAGGCGCUGUCUCUCCUGGAAGCGGCCCGCUCCCGGUACGAGAGCCUGCAGAUAUCCGACGACGUGUUCGGUGAGUCCGGGGAUGAUAGCAGCGACAAUCCCUUCUACAGCACCUCCGGAGACUCCGACUCAGACAACUACAUAGCCGAGGUAGGCGAGGACGAUCAGCAGCCGAAGCACCACCACCAGAAACGGGGCGAUAAGGAGAGUGCGCACAGCUGGGGGUCCGGAGGUGGCAGCGGUGGGAGCAGCGGAGCCGGUCCCCCGGGCUCUCUGUCCCGUAGUCAGGCAGAUGAGGAGGGAUGGACGGAGAACCUGCAGGAUGUCACGGUGCCGCCGUACAAAGAGACAUAUGGCCCUGCUCAAAAGCUGCCAGCCACCGCCACAGCCCUGGACUUCUUCCAGCUCUUUGUCCCAGACAAUUGCAUCCAAAACAUGGUCGUCCAGACAAACAUGUAUGCCAAGAAGUUCCAGGAGCGCUUCGGCUCAGAUGAAGGCUGGCGUCCUGUCACAGCCCAGGAGAUAAAGGCCUUCCUGGGCUUUGUCACCUCCACCAGUGUGCACCGCUGUGAGUCGGUGCUCAGCAUCUGGAGCUCGGGCUUCUUCAGCAACCGGAGCAUCGCCUUGAAGAUGAGCCAGGCACGCUUUGAGAAGAUCCUCAAAUACUUCCACAUCGUGGCUUUCCGGCCAUCACAGGGAAGCAACCAGGGCCUGUACAAGAUCCAGCCCUUCCUGGACUCUCUGCAGCAGUCGUUCAGCUGCACCUUCAGACCUUCACAGACACAGGUUCUUCACGAGCCCUUGAUAGACGAGGAUCCAGUGUUCAUCACCACCUGUACAGAAAGAGAGCUGAGGAAGAGGAAGAAGAGGAAGUUCAGCCUCUGGGUUCGACAGUGCACCUCCACCGGAUUCAUCUGUCAGAUCUCAGUCCAUCUGAAGGAUGGCCAGGGUACAGAUGGUCUGGCCACCUUGAAGAACAAGCCUCAGCUCCACAGCCUUGUGGCCAAGCAGCUCUGCCAGAACAUCUCUGGCAAGAACACCAUCAUUUUCACCGGGCCAUCCAUCACGAGUCUCAGCCUCUUCUCCGAAUUCAGCAAACAAGAUAUCUACUGCUGCGGUCUGCUGAGCACCAGGAAGAGCGACUGUACGGGCUUACCACAGAACAUGCUGGUCUGCGGCUCCACGCCAGCGCAGCGCGGCCAAUCACGGGUAAUGAUGAAAGGCAGCAUGUCACUGAUCAGCUGGUACAACAAGGGACACUUCAGGUUCCUCACCAACGGUUAUUCCCCAACAAAACAAGGUUUGAUCAUUAAGAGGAAAAGUGGGGAGAUCCCAUGUCCUUUGGCUGUUGAGGCCUUUGCAGCGCACCUCAGCUACAUCUGCAAAUAUGAUGACAAGUACAGCAAGUACUUUAUCUUCCAUAAGCCCAACAAGACCUGGCAGCAGGUGUUCUGGUUGAGCAUCAGCAUCGCCAUCAACAAUGCCUACAUCCUCUACAAGAUGUCUGAUGCCUACACGGUUAAACGCUACAGCCGAGCGCAGUUUGGAGAAAGACUGGUCAAAGAGCUGCUGGAUUUAGAUGACUGCUCUCCCACACAGUGAGGAGGAGUACGAGGACAGCAGGAGCGUACAACAAACACACACACACACACACACACACUUAAACACACACAAACAAAUCCCAACACAUUCACACCCUUCAUUACGGUUGUACAGACUCUGCGGUCUGAGUGUAUGUGAUGAUACUGAAGCAGUGCCAAGCUUAUGUCUCUCUUCCUCUAGUUGUUUUCUGUGGUACUGUAAAUAUUCAUUCACACACGACUGCACACUACACAGUAGAGAAUCAUGAGCCAUGAGACAGUUCACAUGCCUCAACUGUAACUUUUAACCAAGCAGAUUUACUAAGGAUUUGUCAGCAGGAGCUAUUUCACAAGCAGAGAUGCAGGCGGGAACAUUGAACCCGGGGACAAAUUCACCCUUACAUGAUGUCAGUUCAAGUUUUAACUCUUGAAAACAUUGAUAUGAGCUCGAAUCUCCCGCCUGAGUGUUCAAACAUGCACUCAUCCGACUUAAAGGCUACCCGUAGCUCAAUAUUUACACUCUGCAAAAACACCCGAGACCCUGUAACAAAAGCUUAGUAAACCAGGACUAUGGUGUGUUCACACGCUGCAUGCAUAAAGAAUCUGGAUUGUGACGUUCUCUUGUUCAUUGUGAAAAUGAUUUCUGCUCCAGGUGGGUUUUUGAAACUUUUAUUUUCUGUGUGUGUGUGUGUGUGUAUGUAUUUAGUAAGUGGAACUGCCAUUUGUGUGCGCGACAUUGAGGCUGAGGAUGUAAAUGUACGGCUAUUGUGACCCAGGUGCGUCAUGUUGCUGCAUACUGUACUCGCUGGAGGAAGACUGUCAGGUGACAUAAAGCCACACACAGCAGUGUGCUACCAGUUCGCAUCCUCCCACUUUUUUAAGAUAGACUUUUUUGGUUUCGGAUGCCCCUGAAAAAUUUUAAAUUAAAUUAUUAUUCAUGACUAAAAAGGCAGAAAGUUCAAAGCUUGUUUGGUGCACCAAAAUAUGUGAUCUUAUGUUGUUUUUUUUUCCACUUCAGAGAAGAAGAGCACAGACAAAACCACAAAAUGUGUGUUUACUCAAAACCGUUCCAACUUUGGCAGGAAAUGUAACUCAUAAUUAAGAAAAAUCGAGAACAAUAAACACAGCCUACUUUUAUCCACAGUGUCACACAGCAGAUCAACUGAUCUAAAUUAGUCUUUUUUUUUUUAUUACUCAUGUAGUUAACUAGACUUUGGCUUCGCGGCGCAGAGUACUUUCAAAAUGUCCUUGAUUUAAUGUCCAAUAAGCCAGUGUUGCUAAGCAACAAGUACAAUCUUGGCCAGUGAGCAGGGGUUUGGAUAAUAUUGCUUGGCAAGAUUUAAAUCCGGGAAGUAAAAACUGACUCACUGGUGGCUUACACGAUGUCCCAGAAAGCCAAAUGUUGCAAUAAAUCUCAAUGUAGAUAAAAAAGCUUUGGGGCUGUGGCUUGUUUUCUCAAUUUGGUGCCAAAUCUCACCAGGAGCUCCAAAAUGAGCUGUGAAAUUAUUUGACGAUUUAAAAAACAUCAACACUUACUUUUACAAAAGUGACACAUGAUUUUAUAACCGGAUAGUUACUAGUUAUGAGAACAUAACUGAUUAUCAUAUAUCUCUCAUCUAGAGUGAUAGCAUGCAACAGUCUGGACUCUUGUUGCUUUCUUCCAGUGACGCUUUUCUUGCCAAGUAACUGAUUUAGACCUGCCAUCUCAUCUCCAGCCAGUAGAAGUAUGAGUGGAGAGAUUUAAAUAUACCUAAUGUCUCCAGGUCAUACACCGCACUGCUGUCUGUAGCUUUAAUGAGGACUCUGCAGUCCACUUUGCUUUGCUUUGCUAUGCAGUCAACAUGUUAUUGUCAUACUGGAUUUAAGUGAAAGGUUUUUAAUGUGUGCUUACUCAGUCAGCAUGGUUUGAUGUGUGAAUACAUACGCUGGUAGAGCAGAGUUGUCGAGUGAAUCGUUUGGCAGGACUCAUGCACUUUCCCCCCCAUCACAGUCUUGCACUUUGAGGAGAAUUGUAAAGUAAGCAACAUGUUUAUUUAUUAGAUUAUCCUUUUAGUUUUGAACCCAAUGAUAGUAUACACUGCUCUGAGAAAAAUAUGAAUAGAUAAGUUGUAAAUACACGUAGAUAAAUGAAAUGGAUUAUAUAUAUAAAAAAAAACACACCAAUGAAAUAAGUCUGAGAAUUAAUGACUAUAACCAAAACAGAAAAGAUUUCCACUGUAGAUUUAGAGUACAAGUUACAGUAUGUGUGUGUGUGUGUAUAUAUUUUGUUUACAAAUUACUGUGAGUGUAUGUCCAUAAUCACUGAGACUCAAGAUUGUGAUUUUUUUAACUUUUUCACUAAUCCAAAGCAUCGUUGUCGUCACUGUCGCUCUUGUGUGUGCGUGCGUGUGAAUGUUGUCACCAUGUGUGUAAUCACUGUUCACCUUUGACGUAACACUGGUAAUCUCUGCAGGCACCUCUGUUAAUGCCAUGUAUUUGUCAGCUCAUGAUUUUAAUACAAUAUUUGAUAUCCACAAAUUACACGCAUGUUCAAGUAUGAGGUUUAUCGGGUCGUAUAAAAUAGAGUACAGCCUUUUUAGAAAUCCUUCCCGUCAGUUAAGACGUGCAUAUUAUGUGCUGUUUUGGUGAUUAAAGGAAAAAUCCACACUACUGAAAGAAACAGUUUAAAGAGUAACUUAAUGCCCUCUCUCAUUUGAAAUGUUUACGAUGAUAAGUGUGGUCAAAAGUGUCCUCUGUCUGUCCUCCGUUUAGCUUAGUUGUUAGAGGAGCCACCCCAUGUGCGAAGGCUCAGUCCUCGCUGCGGAAGCCCAGGGUUUGAAUCCGACCUGUGGCUCUUUCUUUCCCCACAUUCCCAUGUCACUCUUCAGCUGUUCUAUCAAAAAAUAAAGCUUGAAAAGGCCAAAAAAAUAAUCUUUAAAAAAACUGUCCUCUGUUGUCCCUUUAAACACACCCACUAGUGAUGUCACAGUGUACUCCACUGCAACAAAAUUCUAAGAUGGGGUUACGUUGCUCUUUACAGCAAAAACGGCUUGAUAUCUCUGCAGUCUUUGAUUGAUUGUGUGUUUAUUACAUUCCCAUUAAUAACUAGAUAUAUUUGACCAAAUUAAACAUAUUUUCAGUGCAACUUCAGUGAUAUUUGAUACAAGAAUUGUUUUAACUUCCUUUAAAUAUCAAUGAUAAUUUAAGGAAAUGUGUUUGGAACAGUCCCUAAAUCCAAAAAACCCAACCAAGCCAUGGAUUUGCAUCGUACAGAGAGAGAAGUCCAUCAUAUAAAGGGCAGAGAAGCCAAUUUCUCCACCGAGGACUAAACUCAGAAGACUGGCAUGUUGUAGUCUGACUACAUAAGGAGCAUGGAUGCAAUCAUCUCUAACUGAAACAGAAAUAGAUAUGGUAGGUUAAGAGUCGGUGAAAGAAAAUCCAAGCUCUUCAAAGCUAAAAAAAUCCACAAAAUGGUGACGGACAUUUAACCGUCAGGAGUGUCCGACCGUGAAUUUUUCCUUCACAGCAUGUCACGUGUCUAGAAAUGAGCCUCUGUGAUGGCUGCUUUGUAAAUGGGCAUUUAAUCUGCAGCUCAUGGCCGACACACUUUAAGGUGGCACUCACUAAAGAUGUGUUGACGUCCGAAGUAGUGCUUGUAUCACUCAGCUGGGAAGACAAAUGAGAUGAAAUUAUGCGCCGGGGAAUCUACAAGGCCACGGUUACUUGGCAACAAAUUAUUUAAGAGUGAUGGAGAGUAGGGUGGCAUUUAAAAAAAUUUCUGCCCGUAUGGUAAUAUUUUUAUCACCCCAGUUGCAGACUGAGAGCUGAGCGGCUUCUUGCCAUCUCUUUUUUUUUAUCAUCUAUCAGAAGCGAAGGGCCGAGGAUCCUUUUGUUCAUGUAGUUCAGAGGCGUUUCAGCCCGCAUAGAUCAAAAACAUGGCUUCAUUUUAAAUUCUCAGGUUGCUCUCUGAAGUGAAUCUCUUACAAUUAUUCUGUCCAGCUCUAUUGAUCAGCCAUGAAUUGGAUUUUUCUAUAGUGCCUUUUCCAGCUCAUUUUUUCCCUCUCAUUGCAGUGGUUUAGUGUUAUUGAUGUCCUGGCAACGGAGUUGAUGUGAAUGACUGGAAGAGAUUAGAUUUUAGAUAAAUACGUGAAUAUGGUAAAAUACUGUCCUGCAUGGUGUGAAUAAUAGAAACUAGAGAACCUCCGCGGUAGAGUUUUAGAUGCUGGAAAUGUUUUAUGCAGCCCUGUGCAAGUAAUAUUUGACAUUUUCACACAACUGAUGCCGCUGCAGUCAACACUGAAUCCUUUAAUAUUUAAUAUUAAUAUGACUUGAUAAUGGUAGAAAAAGUGACAACCGAUCCCAGUUAUGGAUGUCAGUUAUGCUUUUGUUUACAUGGGUAAACUACUAUGUAGGAACCUAGUUUGUAUGUCAAAGGGAAACGGGAUCAGAAACAUCCCAUCGCCAAAUAUAGCCUUAAAACAAACGAUAACCACCAAUGUGAAAAGCGAAAAAAAUGUCCACCAGAAGAGAAAUGUCACUCCGAUGGGUCUUACUAAAGCAGCGUGGAUGUUUUUCUCUCCAUCUUCUGCCUUGUCUCUUUUCACAAAUAGCAAGAGAUGUCUGUUAUCUUUCAUUUGGGCUCAUUCUUUUAUGUCAGAUGUGCAAAUGGGAGUAAACAAAGGCAGAUGGGAAGGAGCAAGAAAAAAAAAGAAAAAUGUGCAGAAGACGUGUUUGCCUUUCAUCCAGCUUUGUCAGACAAAUGAUGAUCCCUAAAUUGCUUGUCAAAAACACUUUGCAAAAAAGUUGCCAUGCAAAUAAAUCACCCUCACUGUCAGUUGUUUUGUAGUGAUGAAACCCAAGUGGUGUAUAAGAUGUCCAUGUAUGUGCUGUGCUGUAUGUGCCAGUGUGCCAUCUCUGUGCAGUGCUUCACAGAUGUCUGUGUUUAUAUCUGGUGAGUGAGACGGCUGUUGUAAGAGUGAGUAAAGAUAUUUAACUGUGGAUGUGAUAAAGAAUUCAAAUGGCUGACCUCAGGGCUUCAUAACUAACUGCUGUACAAUAUAUUCACUUACUGGAAUAAUAUACAUACACUAAAAGGACUUCUAUAACCGUAUCAGGUGCUAUCGAACCACUGUACAAGUAAUAGUAGAAUUAGAUUUGUUGUUGUUGUUGUUGGGAUCUCAGCAACCAAAUAAUGAACACCAGGGUCAUGUAUUUCAGGAGUUGUGCCACUAAAAUCACCAAAAGUUCAUGUUUUUUUUUUCCAAAUAAAAUGUCAGAAAUAUUAAUGUGAGCAGGCACCAAAUGCAAACUUUAAUCGAAACAAGUGGUAAAACUAUUUCACUUCAUAUGAUUCUUGGUGGCUGCAGGAUGUUGAAUAACCGUGUACUGUGGGCUUAUCUAGUUUCACAGACCAGGCCAGAAGAAGAUGUGUGUAUGUGCAUGUACAGUAAUGUUAACGUUGAGUGGAAUAAUAUAUGUAAAAAAAAAAAAUAACUGGUGUAUGCUUGGACCAAAUAACUUUCUAAAAUGUGUAUGGUGAUGAGUAUGUACAAGGUUGUCGUGUAAAUGUGUCUUCAUUAAAACUCGCCACAGAUUUGGAGAAGCUCAUUACUCUGUAGCAAAUGAUUGGAAAUGAUGAGGAAGGCGGAGAUCUAAUGUCAAAUGUGCAUUGCGGUACUUUUCAUGAGUAUCUUCAUUCAGCCUCUGUGAUUAGGGGAUGUUUCUUUGCAGUAUAAUGAUCUCUCCACAUUCCAAUUCAGCAUUUGGAGCUAAAAUACAUCUUUCAUGGAGCAUUUAACUAUUUCAUUAUUAACUCAGAGCAGAGGGGUAACUACACGUCUCCUGUUUAUAUAUUGGGACCGUACGAAAGUUACUGGAGUGUGUUUUGCUUUCUAAAGAAUCAAGAUCGUCUCCAGCGUUAUUAAUAUUUUCUGUGCACGCUCCUGUUGACUACAACACCCUUACAUCCCCUUGUAAUAUAAAUAAUAAUAUAAUAUCAUUGACUGCUGUUCUCUGUGUAUAACAAAACACACCUUGACUAUUUUGGGUAUGAUAUGAUCACACGGGAGGGCUUGAAAUAAACUUUAAAAUCCCUGUUCUCUCAGAAAAGUUCGACUAACCUCCCUUAUAAAUAAAUAAAACACCUUUUAACUUUUGUACUCUCCCUUAUUGGACUAGAUUUGUCCCCUUGUACACAUCUUGAGAUGCAAAACUGUGUGAGAUUAGUAUUCUGUAUACAGUUGCUAUUAAAAGUUGCCCAAACAUAAACUGAACAGGUUUAAAUGUCUCAAAUGUAGACCUGUGUGUAUUACUAUGUCCUGGAGACUCUCUGUACUGUAAAGACUGUUGUUCAACCAGGAGAGCAGUUGGAAAAAAGCCUCUCAACACACAAGGCACUAAACCUGUAAGUUCACUUACAAGACCGACCUGCUACACAGAGUAUUCGUUGCUACUGUAUGUUGGUCUUCAUGUCAUUUCUCACCUUGUUUGACCUGUGAAGUGAAUUAUAAAGGACUGACUCUGCUGUGUGCUCCCUCUGUCACUUGUGCACUUACUCCGGCUCCUACUCUCUCUCUGCCAAGGACAGAUGUUGUUGUGAAGUGUGUGUCCACGUUAUUUUUCCUUUGGUUUGAAAAGCUAUCAAGGCUAAAAAA